GAUUGUGAUUUAAUUAUUACGAUUUUUUGAUCAUAUUUCAAAUUUAUUUAUAAUGUUGGGAUUAUUUUCAUCACCACCGAUGACUACUACUAAUACUGCUACAAUUACAAAUAUUAAUAACAACAACAACAACAAUGAAAUACUCGAUGGUGAUGAUUAUGAAUCGAUGCCUGAAUCAUCAAGUGUUGGUGUACAUAUGAUGGCCGGUGCAAUGGCUGGCAUGAUGGAACAUGUACUAAUGUAUCCACUUGAUUCUGUAAAGACUCGAAUGCAAACACUGAGACCAAAUCCAAAUGCAUCAUAUCGUUCAGUGCCGGAAGCAUUAUAUAAAAUGAUACGUUAUGAAGGUCUUUUAAGGCCAAUUAAAGGUGUAUCAGUGGUAUUUUUCAGUGCCGGACCAGCACAUGCCUUAUAUUAUUCUUGUUAUGAAAGAAUGAAAUUAAUACUAAGUGGUACGACAAUCAGUUAUGAUCAGACACAUCUUUCUCAUGGAGCGGCUGGUUGUUUGGCCACAUUGUUACAUGAUGCCGUCAUGAAUCCAGCCGAAGUGAUUAAACAACGAAUGCAAAUCUAUAAUAGUCCUUAUAGAUCAAGUCUUCAAUGUAUGGCCGAUGUUUUCAAACAAGAAGGUUUUCGUGCAUUCUAUCGUAGUUAUUAUACAAGUCUAGUGAUGAAUGUUCCAUUUCAAAGUAUACAUUUUAUGACUUAUGAAGUGAUGCAAAAUUUCUUUAACAAAAAUCGUGAAUAUAAUGCACGUGUACAUGUUAUAUCGGGUGCAAUGGCUGGUGGUUUUGCCGCUGCUAUCACAACACCAUUAGAUGUUUGUAAAACAUUAAUCAAUACACAAGAACGACAAGUUUUACAAUCAUCAAAACAACGUAUCAUUACAGGAUUAUUUGGUGCCAUAUCAACCAUUUAUAAAUGUUGUGGUGUGAAAGGAUAUUUUCAAGGUUUACAGGCACGUGUUCUUUAUUCAAUGCCUGCAACAGCAAUAUCAUGGUCAGUUUAUGAAUUUUUAAAAUACGUUUUACGUGAUAAAGGAAUGGAAAAUCUAACAAUGCCCACGACAACAUCUUCGACAUCAUCCUCGACAAUGAAAUCAACAACAGCAACAUCUUCAAGUAGUAGUAGUAGUAGUAGUACAGCAACAAAUUUAAAUUUAAAUUUAUCCAAUUUACCCAAAAUUCCUGUCACUGAAGAAUUAUCGGUCAAAUAAUUCCAAAUCCAUCCAUCCAUCGAUUCAGAUUAAUUCUCAACAACAGAAAACAAUCAAUUCUUGAAAAAAAUUGGCCUUUUG